AGUCCCGCAGCCGUCGCGGCCCGCGCUCGGUCUCCAGCAUGUCCCUGCGCUUCGUGGUGACCCCGGCGGGCGGGGCAGGGCACACGGGGCCUGAGGCGGACGACGGUGGCUCGGACCUUGACCCUGACCCUGACCCUGACCCCGACCCCGGCGACCCCGACCCCUGCACCCGCUCUGACCUCUCAGGCGUGCCCGACCCGGGGGUGGACGCGCUGCCCAUCCUGCGCUACUGCCGCGAGCCCAGCCGCUAUGGAGAUGGGACGCCCCGGGAGAGCAGCCCGUUCAUCAGCAAUGUUGAUGUGGAGCGGGAAAGCUACUACGAAGGGAAGAACAUGGCGCUCUUUGAGGAGGAGAUGGACAGCAACCCCAUGGUGUCCUCCCUGCUGAACAAGCUGGCCACCUACACCAACCUGAGCCAGGGUGUGGUGGAGCACGAGGAGGACGAGGACAGCAAGCGGCGGGAGGCCAAGGCCCCGCGCAUGGGCACCUUCAUCGGUGUCUACCUGCCCUGCCUCCAGAACAUCCUGGGUGUGAUCCUCUUCCUGCGCCUGACAUGGAUCGUGGGGGCGGCCGGCGUUCUGGAGUCCUUCCUCAUCGUGUCCGUGUGCUGCACCUGUACGUUGCUGACCGCCAUCUCCAUGAGUGCCAUUGCCACCAAUGGCGUGGUCCCAGCUGGGGGCUCCUACUACAUGAUAUCUCGUUCGCUGGGUCCUGAGUUUGGGGGCGCUGUUGGCCUCUGCUUCUACCUGGGUACAACGUUUGCGGGGGCCAUGUACAUCCUUGGGACCAUCGAGAUCUUCCUGACCUACAUCUCCCCAGGAGCAGCCAUCUUCCACGGGGAGGCAGCGGGCGGUGAGGCGGCUGCCAUGUUGCACAACAUGCGGGUGUACGGCACCUGCACUCUGGCCCUCAUGGCCGUGGUGGUCUUUGUGGGCGUCAAGUAUGUCAACAAGCUGGCCCUGGUCUUCCUGGCCUGUGUGGUGCUGUCCAUCCUGGCCAUCUACGCUGGUGUCAUCAAGACUGCCUUCGACCCACCUGACAUCCCGGUCUGCCUCCUGGGGAACCGCACGCUGGCGAAGCGCAGCUUUGACACCUGUGCCAAGGUCCACAUGGUCAACAACGGCUCAACGAUGGUGACCACCGCGCUCUGGGGCCUCUUCUGCAAUGGCUCCAGCCCCAGCGCUGCCUGUGACCAGUAUUUCAUGCAGAACAAUGUCACCGAGAUCCAGGGCAUCCCCGGCGUGGCCAGUGGCGUUUUCCUGGAGAACCUGUGGAGCACGUACUCAGACAAGGGCGCCUUUGUGGAGAAGGAGGGCAUACCCGCGGUGCCCGUGCCUGACGAGAGCCGUGCCAGUGGGCUGCCCUACGUGCUGACCGACAUCAUGACCUACUUCACCAUGCUGGUCGGCAUCUACUUCCCCUCCGUCACCGGUAUCAUGGCGGGGUCCAACCGCUCCGGGGACCUCAAGGACGCACAGAAGUCCAUCCCCACAGGGACCAUCCUGGCCAUCGCGACCACGUCUCUCAUUUAUCUCUCCUGCAUCGUGCUCUUCGGGGCCUGCAUUGAAGGUGUCGUCUUGCGGGAUAAGUUUGGGGAGGCCCUGCAGGGAAACCUGGUCAUCGGCAUGCUGGCCUGGCCUUCCCCCUGGGUCAUCGUCAUUGGCUCCUUCUUCUCCACCUGUGGUGCCGGUCUGCAGAGCCUGACCGGGGCGCCCCGCCUGCUGCAGGCCAUCGCCCGUGACGGCAUUGUCCCCUUCCUGCAGGUGUUCGGCCAUGGGAAAUCCAAUGGGGAGCCCACGUGGGCUCUGCUGCUCACGGCCCUCAUCUGUGAGACUGGCAUCCUCAUUGCCUCACUGGACAGCGUGGCCCCCAUCCUGUCCAUGUUCUUCCUCAUGUGCUACUUGUUUGUGAACUUGGCCUGCGCCGUGCAGACGCUGCUGCGCACACCCAACUGGCGCCCGCGCUUCAAGUACUACCACUGGACGCUGUCCUUCCUGGGCAUGAGCCUGUGUCUGGCCCUGAUGUUCAUCUGCUCGUGGUACUACGCUCUCUUUGCCAUGCUCAUCGCCGGCUGCAUCUACAAGUACAUUGAGUACCGCGGGGCCGAGAAGGAGUGGGGUGACGGCAUCAGGGGCCUGUCCCUGAACGCCGCCCGCUACGCCCUGCUGCGUGUGGAGCAUGGUCCGCCCCACACCAAGAACUGGAGGCCCCAGGUGCUGGUGAUGCUGAACCUGGACACGGAGCAGGCUGUGAAGCACCCGCGCUUGCUGUCCUUCACCUCGCAGCUGAAGGCUGGCAAGGGCUUGACCAUUGUGGGCUCCGUGCUGGAGGGCACCUUCCUGGACAAGCACGCGGAGGCACAGCGGGCUGAAGAGAACAUCCGGGCGCUGAUGGGUGUGGAGAAAACCAAGGGCUUCUGCCAGUUGGUGGUGUCCUCCAGCCUGCGGGAUGGCACGUCCCACCUGAUCCAGUCGGCAGGCCUGGGUGGCAUGAAGCACAACACCGUGCUCAUGGCCUGGCCCCAGGCCUGGAAGCAGACGGACAACCCCUUCUCCUGGAAGAACUUUGUCGACACUGUCCGCGACACCACCGCCGCACACCAGGCCCUGCUGGUGGCCAAGAACAUCGACGCCUUCCCCCAGAACCAGGAGCGCCUGGGCGAGGGCCACAUUGACGUGUGGUGGAUUGUGCACGAUGGCGGUAUGCUCAUGCUGCUGCCCUUCCUGCUGCGCCAGCACAAGGUGUGGCGCAAGUGCCGGAUGCGCAUCUUCACGGUGGCCCAGGAAGACGACAACAGCAUCCAGAUGAAGAAGGACCUGCAGAUGUUCCUGUACCACCUCAGAAUCAGCGCCGAGGUUGAGGUGGUGGAGAUGGUGGAGAACGACAUCUCUGCGUUCACCUACGAGAAGACGCUGAUGAUGGAGCAGAGGUCCCAGAUGUUGCGGCAGAUGCAGCUGUCGAAGACCGAGCAGGAGAGAGAGGCCCAGCUGAUCCAUGACCGGAACACUGCAUCCCACACUGCAGUGGCCACCAGGGCCCAGGCCCCGUCGACGCCAGACAAGGUGCAGAUGACCUGGACGAAGGAGAAGCUGACAGCAGAGCGGCACAAAGACAAGGGCACUGGCAGCGCGGCAGGGUUCAGGGACCUCUUCAGCCUGAAGCCGGACCAGUCCAACGUCAGGAGGAUGCACACUGCGGUGAAGCUCAAUGGCGUUGUCCUCACCAAGUCCCAGGACGCCCAGCUGGUCCUGCUGAACAUGCCGGGGCCUCCCAGAAACCGGCAGGGUGACGAGAACUACAUGGAGUUCCUGGAGGUCUUGACCGAGGGGCUGAACAGGGUGCUCCUGGUCAGAGGCGGCGGCCGCGAGGUCAUCACCAUCUACUCCUAAGGCCAGUGCUGCUGGGUGGGCGAGCGCCAUGCUGCAAGGUGCCAGCUAGCUGGACCACACAUGUGGCCUUCGGGACGCCCAGAGCCGUCCCCUGGACGCCCUCCUUGCAGAGACCCAGGCCGCACUGGGGAGCGAGGUGGCCCCGGUCCGGGAUCCCUGCUCCUCCAGGGCUGUCCAGCGUCUGGGCAGUCACUGCCCACCUACCACGCGGGCGCUUGCCAGAUGCUGCUGUGCUCUGGGGCCGAGGGCCAGUCCCCACCUCCUCCUGGCUCCCAAGUGGAACAGCACUGAAGACCAGCGCCCUUCCCCCUGCGUCGCUGCCCAUUCUGUCCACAGCUCACAGGCAGAACACAGGCCGCCCACCUGGAGGGGAGCUGGCGUGAGGCUGUGGCCUCGGCCCCAGGGGCAGGGGCUCAGCUCCUGGAGCGCUGGGCUCUGCAGCACUGACAGGGUGCCUGAGGGCAGAAAUGCCAAGGUUUCUCCAUGCUGCCCAAGACAGCGGAGCCCCACCUUCGCUGCUGCGGGGCACCGACCCCUUGCCCUCCAGAAAGGACGCUCAGCUGCGGCCAAGACUGUCUUUGGGCAGAACCUGCCUGGCCGUGUCCCUGUGUCCCUGUCUGGGACAGGUUCUCGGUACCUCUUGAGGGCCGGACACGGUUUGCACUUUACCUUUGAGCUUUCUGCUUUGUAGGUCACAAUCAUGGGUCAGCAAUUUGUGCCUUGCUCUCUGUAGGAUGUAUUUAUUUAUUUAAAUACUGGGGGGCAGUGUCCUGAUAAUCACAUUCAUGUGAGAGGCCCACAGCCGGGCACAUGGCCUUUGCUGGCUUCUGGGUUCCCCCACCGAGACUCGGCCCUGGCCACAGAGGCUGGGUUAGGCAGUGGGCCAGCUCUGACCGGAGGUGUUCCUGAGCUGUCAGGUGCCUGGUAGGUCAGCUCAUGUGCAGCCAGCACAGUGGGCCCAGGCUUCCAUGACCUCUGCCUGCUUUGCUGGGCUGUGAGACUCCUACAGCCCCACCCCAGGGCGGAGUAGGGGAGGGGAGCGGGGAGGCUGCUGUCUGUGAGUGCUCCCUGCAGCCAUUCAGACUCCUGUCCGUUUUUCUUUUAUAGGCUCCUUGUCUUUGUAUGAUUUUGUUAGUGGAAUAAAGUCCUGUGAAAUCUGA